AGAGUCGUUUGAUCUGCUUUAUACACCGGCAAACGCAAUCCCAAAGAAAAUAAAGAAGAAAACGACACACAUGGCUGUUCUUGUAGCUGAAAGCUUCAAUGAGCAGAGAUGGUCUCUUAAGGGUCAGACUGCCCUUGUAACUGGCGGAACAAAAGGCAUUGGACAUGCCAUAGUGGAAGAGCUUGCGGGUCUUGCAGCAGCUGUUCACACAUGUUCUCGUACGCAAACAGACGUUCAUGAGAGAGUAAAAGAAUGGGAAAGCAAAGGUUACAAAGUCACUGGCUCAGUUUGUGACCUUACUUCUUGUGCCCAGAGAGAGGAGCUCAUAAAGACUGUAUCUUCCACUUUCAAUGGCAAGCUCAAUAUACUUGUAAACAAUGCGGGAAGCGUGACGAUGAACAGAGCUACGGACUACUCUUUGGAAGAGUUCUCGUCUAUGAUGAGCACCAACGCUGAGGCCCCUUACCAUCUUUCGCAACUUGCACAUCCUCUCUUGAAAGCAUCAGGAAAUGGCAGCAUUGUAUUCAUAUCCUCAAUUGCUGGUGUUACUGCCUUGCCUAUCCUCUCUGCCUAUGCAGCAUCCAAAGGAGCAAUUAACCAGCUUACGAAGAAUUUUGCAUGUGAAUGGGCAAAAGAUGGCAUUCGCACUAACACUGUAGCACCAUGGGGAGUCAGAACCCAAGUCAUACCACCUGACGCCAGUCCUCGCAUAGAUGAUUUUGUUGAGAUAUAUAAGAGAACUCCAAUCCCUCGCCUUGCAGAACCUAAUGAGAUUUCUUCAGUGGUGGCUUUCCUUUGCCUUCCUGCUGCUUCAUACGUCAAUGGACAGGUUAUUAGCGUCGAUGGAGGACUAACCGCGGGCAGUUUUUAGAAGAUUCUAUGGCUCCCUCUCGCGGUCUUGCAUACAAUAAUAUGGCCAACUAGUAAUAGAUCAAUCAUCCAUAAAUGAUAUUAUUCUGAUAUUAUUGGUAAAAUAUUAAGCUUUCAAUGUGAUAAAAUCUGCCACAAUAUGUGCUUCUUCUUUUUGUGCAAACCAACUUUGAAUUUGUAUGAAGAA